AUGUGGAAGCACCAGAGGAAAACCAAGUCCAAACCAUGUGGAAGCACCAGAGGAAAACCAAGUCCAAACCAUGUGGAAGCACCAGAGGAAAACCAAGUCCAAACCAUGUGGAAGCACCAGAGGAAAACCAAGUCCAAACUAUGUGGAAGCACCAGAGUAAAACCAAGUCCAAACCAUGUGGAAGCACCAGAGGAAAACCAAGUCCAAACCAUGUGGAAGCACCAGAGGAAAACCAAGUCCAAACCAUGUGGAAGCACCAGAGGAAAACCAAGUCCAAACCAUGUGGAAGCACCAGAGGAAAACCAAGUCCAAACCAUGUGGAAGCACCAGAGUAAAACCAAGUCCAAACCAUGUGGAAGCACCAGAGUAAAACCAAGUCCAAACCAUGUGGAAGCACCAGAGUAA